AUGGAUCGAGCGGUUUAUGAAACUAUUACACAAGUUUUAUCUGAUAAUCCUAAUGUUCGCAUGGCAGCAGAGUUAAGUUUAAGAGAAUUAGUGAAGCAACCAGAAUACCCUAUUAGUCUUGCAAGAAUGAUGCUUUCACAAGAAUUAGAUGUACCAAAACGUGUAACUUUGAAAAAUUAUAUUAGUACAAAUUGGGCAACUGAUAGCGCAAAAUUUGUAGGUCCUGAAUUAAAACCAGAGGCAAAAGCUGUUGUACGUGAAUUAGCUUUCAAUGGUUUAUCCGAUGCCUCUAAUAAAAUCCGUGUUGUAUCAGCGUCUAUUGUUUCAAAAAUUGCUCAUGAUGAUUGGCCAGAAGCUUGGCCAAAUCUUUUUGACUUAUUAAUAUCACUUUUGAAAAGUGAUAAUAUAAAUCAAGUACAUGGUGCUUUAAGAGUAAUGAACGAAUUUGUCAAUCAUGACAUUUCUGAACAUCAAUUUCCUAGAGUUGCUAAUACAUUAUUACCGGAACUUGCUAGAAUUAUAAAAUCAGAAGAUGCAAAUAAUUCUAAAUUAGUAUAUUCAUAUAGAACACGAGGACGUGCUGUGUCAAUAUUUAGACAAUGUAUUGAAAUAUUAUACAUGUACAAAGAAGAACAUCCUGAGCCAACAGAAUUAUAUAUUGCACAAAAUAUUGCAGGAUGGUUAGAAAAUUUAUUAAAAAUUUUGACUCAUAGAAUCAUAAAUAACAACAAUGAUAAUUGUUUGGAAGAAUAUGGUUUAAAAUUGGAUGUUAUAAAGUGUUUGAAUUCUCUUAUUCAAUAUUAUCCAAAAAUACUUUCACAAUAUUUGAUUUCAUUAUUAGAACCUGUGUGGACAGAUUUAUUUGACCAACGGGAAAGAUAUCCUCUAUAA